AGGCGUGGCCGGGAAGGCGGGAGUCGCCGCUCGGUGCGCACGCAUUUCGACUCGGAGCAGCACGUGACCGUUCCGUCCCUAAGCCAGUCCAGCCCCGGCCCGCCGUCUGUCGAGUCCUCCUCGGUCGCUAAGCCCGUCGCCCAGUUUUGUUGUCCUUUCACCAGAAGAGGCGUUCUCGAUCCCGUUUCCCGGAGAUCCGACGGAUGAAAAUCGACUGAGUGGCCGAGGACCCUGGGACCUUCCGACCCCGCUACUUUUUAACUUUUUUUUUUCUUUCGGUUUUUCUCUUUUGUCAGUGUGUUCUUUGAAAUCAUUCAAAAUUCGGGUCAAAAACAGAGAACCGGUCCCGGUCUAUCAGAUGGAGAUGGACCGACGUGACAGCGACCUGGAAGGAAGCGUGGCGGCCGUCUCCCGUAUGCUGAAUAUUAGCAAUGCCGAAAUGAGCGAACCGGAGGAGGACGUCAGGGACCCGCCGAGCCUUGUCAAAAUUAAACAGGAAAGGGAAGAGUCGAAAAUAAUGUCGGCACCGCCGGCGAUGGUAGCUCCGCCGCCCUUCUCGCUCCCUAUAACGUUCCCCUUCCCCCAUCCACCCUACCCGCCGACGGCGCCCAACUUCCCGACGAACGUCCAUCCACCCUCGUCGGCGUCCUCGCACUCCUCCGAAUCCUCCUCCUCGUCCCAACAGACUUGGAGCUUCGAGGAGCAGUUCAAACAGGUCCGUCAGCUCUACGAAAUUAGCGACGACCCAAAAAGGAAAGAGUUCCUAGACGACCUGUUCAGCUUCAUGCAAAGAAGAGGAACGCCGAUCAACAGACUUCCCAUUAUGGCCAAAUCAGUUCUCGACCUAUACGAACUGUACAAUUUAGUAAUUCAACGAGGAGGAUUGGUCGAUGUCAUUAACAAAAAGUUGUGGCAGGAGAUCAUCAAAGGUCUUCACUUGCCGUCUUCUAUUACCUCAGCAGCGUUUACUCUCAGAACACAGUAUAUGAAAUACUUAUAUCCUUACGAAUGCGAGAAAAGGAGGCUGAGCACACCCGGUGAACUUCAGGCGGCAAUCGACGGAAACCGACGGGAGGGAAGACGAGGGAGUUACGGCACGUAUGCAGAAAUGUUGCAGAGGAGUCCAGGACAGCAGAGCCCGCUGAGCCUCGUCACUGGAAGAGCGCUAAACGGUUCGACGCAUCAUCACAACAACAACAACAAUCACAUCCCGCCUCAUCACCAGUCGCUUCUACCACCCAACAUCACCGGUAAUUCUGGUAUGGUUCCAGCGGAAUUUGAGGCCAGGAUGGUCGAAUAUGUUAAAUUAUUGAACAAAGAACUAAGGUCGUCAACUUCCACUCCGCCUCUGCACAGGCAAAAUUCACCACCAAGCUCGCCCCCUGAAAGCACCAGUGGUGUUAUAAACCCUCUUGAAAUGUCGAGGUUUACAUUGUGGAACCUCUACCACUCCGCAUCGCAACCCGAGCCACAGAAGGAAGCGCUAAACCUUGAAAAGCGAGACGAGCCCAUUCCUCCUCCCCCACCCAAAAGACAUUACCCAGAUAACAAUGAAGAUAUCAAUAUUUCGGGAGCACACAUAAAAAUAUCAAGCAGAGGUGAUGGGCGAGGUGGCAGUGAAAACUCUUUGGUAGUCAGCAUGGACAUCAAUGGGACAAUCUAUCAGGGAGUCCUUUUCGCACAAGCAGCUCGCAAUAAUAAUAGGCUACAGUCUUGAAAAUGUAUAAAUAAUGAUAUUUAGUAUACUGCCGUGUACUCUUUCCUUUUGUUUUCUUUCUCGUACAAUUUUAAUUUGAAUUGUAUUUUAUUAUUUUUUUCUCUUUGUACACUUGUUAGAAUAUACUUUUACUACUUUUAAUUAUUAUGUAAGUUUUAACUAUUUUAAUUACCGAAAGUUUAGGCAUUUAUAAAAGUUUGCAAGUUUUCUGUCAAAAUUGUUGAUAUUGUUGUAGUUUGGGCUUGAUGAUUAUAUCUUAACAAUACAAGUCCGCCUACACAUUUUUUACUUGUUUUUUUGUUCUAGAAAAUUUAAUUCUUUAUAUACAAAGAACAGUUUGUUCUACUUCCUCAUAUUGCAAAAAUAGUAAAGUUGUCCGUACUUGAUUUCAGUUUUCUUCUUUUGUAAUGCAUAUUUUCUUGCAUAUAAUACGUACCUAGCCUAAAACUUACGAACAAGCUAAAAAAACAAAUGUAUAAUCUCAAAAUUUUGCAUUUUUCAUCUUCGUUCAGUACAAGAAGAAGAAUAAAAUGACCCCAUGCAUGUUGAAUUUAGAACUUAGUUUUUACAUUGUUGUUGUGUAUGAUAGAAAACUCGGAAUUGACUGACCUUCCAGAUUUUAAAACAGAUCUAUCAUUGUGUACAUAUCUGGUUUGAUCUUAGUGUUAGGCAAUGUUAUAUAUUCACGGACCACAUUUUAUCUGGUUCAUUAUAAACCGUUUUAACGUAGAAUUGUAAAUCGUUAACGAGUUUAAAGAAAGGGUUUUUUUUCUACUUAUAUAUCAGAUCUUGAAACUUAGAAUGAUGGAACUGUAUAUAAAAAACCUCUUUCUUUAAACGUAUCAACUCAUUUAUCAUUAAAAUAAAUGACAUAAUUAUAUGCAAAAAGAAAUAAUAUUAAUAUCUCAACUCCUAUGGAAACUUAUAUCAAAACACAUUAUUUUUGGUCUAUUGAAGCUUGUUCUAAUGCAGGUACAGGAUAUGUAUGAUAUAAGCUGAUUUUUUAUCUAUAUAUAAAAUAAAUAUUUUCUUUUUGCAUACAGUAUUCAGUAUUUCAAUCAAAUGUUUGUCAUAUGUUCAAAAUGUAAAUAAAUAAUUUUAUUUAAUUUUUUUUUGUUUAUCCCCAAUUUCCUUUUUUUAAAUUUAAAAUUAUAAAUCGAUAAUGAGUUGUAAUCGUUGAAAAUUAAGCAAAACAAUUUUUUUUUAAAUAUAGCAGGUUAUGUUACAUAAUCAACCCCCAAAUUCGUACUUGUAUAGAAACUGUACUGUACAAAAAUUAGUUGUUUAGGUUGAUGGAAUGUCGAACAGAAAUCAGUAUAGUAACGCAUUAUACGAGAGCUGCCGAAAUUUUACCAGUUGUAUUUGUUCUAACAUCUACGGUUUUAUAAUUUGGAAGGCUGGAGGAAAAUUAAAACCAAAUAUUCUAUGGCAUAAAUUUUUUUAUUGUAAUGGACAGGGAGGUUUUUACCAAUCUUGUAUUUUAUGCAAAACGGGUUAUAGGAGGGAUUGUAACUGUUUUUCUUUUCAAGAUUUAUGUUUUUGGUUCUAAAUUCCAUGGUUUUAUAAUUUAGAAAGCUGGAGGACAAUUAAAACCAAAUGUUCUAUGGCAUAAAUUUUUUUUAUUAUAAUGGACGGGGAGAUUUCUACCAAUCUUGUAUUUUAUGCAAAACAGAUUAUAGGAGGGACUGUAACUAUUUUUCUUUUCAAGAUUUAUGUUCUAAAUUCCAUGGUUUUAUAAUUUAGAAAGCGGGAGGACAAUUAAAACCAGGUGUUCUGUGUGGCAUAAAUUUUUUUAUUAAAAUGGACAGGUUCAACAGCUAUCGCCAGCAGACCAAAUGGGUGUCAUUUACACAUUUAAAAAAAUUAAGCAAUGGAAAACUCAGUUUUAAUUUUCCAUCAAUCUUCUAUUUUAGCUGUGUAUUUUAUAUAGACCAGGUUAUAGGAGGGUCUGUACUGUAUUCAAUUCUGUUUUUCUUUCAAAGCAUUUUAACCCCUAAAAUUUAGAACGUUUAACAUCCAUCCCCAUUGUCAAAACAAUUUGUUUAAUAACAGAUAUAAUAUGUAGUUUUUAUUUUGGGUGUUUUUUAUUUUGGGCAGAAGAAAAAAUUAAUGGAUGAGCUAGUCGUUCGUAGUUAUACUCACUCCAUUUUCGGACGAUCAGGUAUAAAGUGUGUGUAGUUUAUCAAUGUAAAUUGUACUAAAUUUCAUCGGAUGUUAGUUAUUUUGAAAACGUGUAAUGUAAUUUGGUCAUUAUCCUCAUCUCACUGGGUCUGCGACCCAACUGUGAAGAUGGUGCAUCAAAACGUGUUUAACAGACGACCCAGUGAAGAGAAUCGAAAGGAAAUGAAUGGUAGCGGCCAAAUUACACACCCUCCAAACCACAAAUCUCACCAUUUCAUGUAAUAUGCCAACACAGUCACUAUUCUUUCAAUUUAAAUCUGCACAUGGAAAUGGUCCGACAAAAAAUUGUUUAAUUCAAAAUAUUUAAGAAAAAUGAAUGAUUAGACUUAACAGUGAACUAAUUAAUGAUUAAAUAAAUAUGUUUUACACUAAAAUUUAUACUACUUAUUUUUAUAAAUACCUUUUGUGUUGACUGACAAAUGUAAGUGAAAUUGGUGAGACCUCUUGUAAAUGCUAUACUGAAAUAAAUGAACUGUGUUGCCAACUGCACUCGCUGACCAUAUCUUGUAUAUAAUAAUUAUUAUCAUGAAUAAUUUUAUGUGGACAAGUGAGUUUUCCUUUAAAGAAUGAGUGUGGUCAACUGUAUAUUAUAUAUAUUUUGUUUAUACAUAAGUAAAUGAUUUAAAUCCAACAAUAAGGUUGUAAUCUCAAACCUAAGAUUAAAAAAGGGGAGUCAGGACAAAACAAAUGUGGGUAUGUUAAUUUUCUAUGUAAAAAACUUGAUAAAACGUUGAAAAUAAUAUUUGUAAUAAUUAAACAGAUCCCAUCUGGGAGUUUAACCGAAAUGUUUUAAACGGGUGUUCAUGGACUGUUGAGAGAAAAUGUAAAUGUUUUGAGGUUCCAUACGAUUCUAAUUGACAUUUUUUUACUUUAGAAAAUUUAAAUUCUUUACCUCCUUUUCAUACCCCAUUCACUUUUGUCUUGUAUUUCUGUAAAGAUAUUGGAAAAUUUUCGAAUAAAUCGUUUGUUCAUAGAUUUACCUAGUUUUAAUUGUGCGUUUAGUGUGAUGAAAUGUUUGUAUAAAAAACCUAUGAAAAUAUGUAUUCAUUUUUUAGUGAAGCUUGUUUCCCGAUGUAGCUUUGUUGGGUUAUAUGCCUAUUUCCAACUCCCCCUUUCCCAAUCUUUUGCAUAUUGCAAAUCAAGACAAUGUUAUAUUCUUAUUGU